UGAGAGACUCAUGCUUGUCUCGAUACGAGCCUCCCAGCCGGUCCACCCUGCCCUACCCCAUCGAAGGUCUUCCUUGUUAAGCGAUGGACAGGUAUAACCAAGGUGUAGCGUUGUUCUCGAGCGCUAAGCUAUAUUGUUCGUUUCCAGCACGUGAAGAAUUAGUGGUUUCUAAUAUGGAGUUGAUUCGUCUUGAACGACGCGAUACAACAACCAUCGCAACUAGAUGUCUCGUUUCGAGAUCAGAUCCCUGUUCUUGUUCUCAACGAUGGUUCUGCGGCCUAGGCCCUAGUUCGGACAAUGCACACAUAGUCUCGGGUACACAGCACCUCCAAAAGACUAGAUGCCAUUUUGACAGAUCCGCUGGUGUUAUAUUUACAUUCGAGGAGCUCGUCGAAGCUAACCAAAACGGACACAUCAAUUCGUGGCUGUUCGUUUCAGUAUUACUUACGAGGUUAUUGGAAGCAGAUUGCACGCAAACCUGCAUACCGGUGGUACCUGUCAUUGAUGGCCGAGGCCUUACCAACGCUAUGGAUCUGCCGGCGUAUAGAGUCAUACGCAGCACAAGUACAUCAUCAUCACGACUCAUGGCUGCCCUUGAUAAUCUAUUCACCAUCUACAAAUUGCAAUACAAACAUGGCACAAGUGCGCGAUCGGUGUAUUCGUCCCAUCGAGCUUUUCAAGUGCCGACACUUUCUUGCGGCUGAUGGGCGUAGCAUGCGACGGUGGACGAUCAAAUAUAGUCACUAGCCCCGGACGUAACCCUAUGCAAGAUCUUAAAUUUUCAUUGAUCUGACGAGGGGGCUAGCCUCAGGCCCUCAGCCAUGAAAAGUAACCUCUCUAAAGGAGACUUGUUGCAACCAUAAUAAUGUU